AUGGAUGACUUCGACCCCUCUGAUAUCAACAAGUAUAGCACUUUUGAAGACUUUUUUGUACGCAAACACAAAUCUAGCCACCGGCCCAUCUUUGAAGAGGAUGAUCCGAGUAAGGCAGUUGUGGUUGCAGACUCUAGGCUCGUGGUCUACCCAUCUGUCGCUGAAACACGACGACUAUGGAUCAAAGGACAUAACUUCACAAUUGCAAAUUUAGUUAAAGACGACGUGUUUGCUCAGUCGUGGUCUAAUGGUGCUGUGGCCAGCUUUCGGUUGAGCCCACAUGAUUAUCAUCGGUAUCAUUCGCCAGUGAGAGGCACAAUUGGUUGGUAUAAAGCCAUUCCAGGACAAUAUUACCAGGUCGACCCCGUCUGUUUACAGAGUGACGUAGAUAUCUUGACGGAGAAUGCACGGUGCUGCAUCUGUAUCAACACAGUCGAUUUUGGCAAGGUAUUGUACGUGGCAAUUGGUGCGACGAAUGUCGGUACCGUCGACAUCAAUGAGAAAUACCAGACAGUUGGCUACCAGAUCCAAAAAGGGGAAGAGGUGGGCCUCUUUCAGUUCGGCGGGUCAAGUAUUAUAGUUGCUUUUGAAAAGGGACGAAUCGAGUUUGAUGAUGAUUUGCUAGCUGUCAGCCGCAAGCAGGUUAUGAUGGAUGUGGAGGUUGGCAUGAGCCUGGGUAAGACAUUGAACGAUCCGGUUGAGGACCGGUACGCGUAA